GGGAGCGGCCCAAGAAAUAGCAAAAAGACAAAAAAAAAAAAAAAAAAAAAAGAAUGUGAGAAGAACUUUGUUCCAGAUUCAGAACUUACUCAAUGUCAGAGAACUCUCUCUGCUAAGAAAACAUAUGAAUGUAAAGAAUGUGGGAAGGCUUUUAGUUUGCGUUCAAGUUUUACUGGUCAUAGAAGAAUUCACAGUGGUGAAAAACCUUUUAAAUGUAAGGAAUGUGGGAAGGCCUUUAGGUUUCAUUCACAACUUAGUGUCUAUAAAUGUAUUCAUACUGGUGAGAAAUCUUAUGAAUGUAGGGAAUGUGGCAAGGCCUUUAGUUGUGGUUCAGACCUUACUCGACAUCAGAGAAUUCAUACUGGCGAAAAACCCUAUGAGUGUAAUGAAUGUGGGAAGGCCUUUAGUCAGCGAUCACAUCUUACUAAACAUCAGAGAAUUCACACUGGUGGAAAACCUUAUGAAUGUAAGGAGUGUGGGAAAGCUUUUACUCGUGGCUCACACCUAACUCAGCAUCAGAGAAUGCAUACUGGUGAGAAAUCUCAUGAAUGUAAAGAAUGUGGAAAAGCCAUUAUUCGUGGUUCAAAUCUUGCUCAACAUCAGAAUGUCCAUGUUGGUAGGAAACCCUAUGAAUGUGAGAAAUGUGGGAAAGCAUAUAUCUGGAGUUCUCACCUUGCCCGACAUCAACGAAUUCAUUCUGGUAGGAAACCUUAUGAAUGUAAACAAUGUGGGAAGACUUUUAUUUGGGCCUCAUACCUUGCUCAACAUGAGAAAAUUCACAAUGAGAGGAAACCCUAUGAAUGUAAGGAAUGCGGAAAGACCUUUCUUCAUGGCUCAGAGUUUAAUCGACAUCAGAAAAUUCAUACUGGUGAGAGAAACUAUGAAUGUAAGCAAUGUGGGAAGACCUUUUUUCGUGGCUCAGAACUUAAUCAACAUCAGAAAAUCCAUGCUGGAAAAAGAUCAUAUGAAUGUGAAGAAUGUGGAAAAGCCUUUCUCUGGGGUUCACAACUUACACGACAUCAGAGAAUACAUACUGGUGUGGAACCUUAUGUAUGUAAAGAAUGUGGGAAAUCUUUUAUCUGGGGUUCACAGCUUACACGACAUAGGAAAAUUCAUACUGAUGCAGAACCCUAUAAAUGUAAGGAAAGCAGCCAGAUCUUUAGUCACCAUUCAUAUUUUAAUGGUGAGAAUCUCUAUCAAUGGAAAGAUUAUGGGAACACCAUUAGUCACGACUCAGACUUUGCUCAAUACCAGAAUAUUUAUGCUUUUAAGAAAUCAUAUGAAUAUAAAGAUUUUGAGAUGGCAUUUUCUCCAGGCUCUCACUUUAUUUCAUUCUAAUGAAAACUUGUGAUGCACACAUGUAGGAAAGUCUUCCCCCCCCCCCGGUUUUUUUAGGGCCACACCUGCAGUAUAUGUGGGUUCCCAGGCUAGGGGUUGAAUCAGAACUACGGCUGCCAGCCUACACCUCAGCCAC